UCACGGCCUAGCCCCGCCCCCUGCCACAGGCCCGCCUUCCCCCUGUCUCACCGCGUUUCUUGCGUGUGACGUAGUACGCUGCGCUGGGAGCGGAAGUGAGGUCAUCAGUGCAGGCGGAAGCAGUGGCGGUUUGUGUGUGAGGGGGACAAGAUGAAUUCCAGAGGAGUUGGAUCUCAGCUUAAGGAUAGCAUCCCAAUUGCUGAAUUUUCAGCUAGUGGAGCAUUUGGAGGUCAUGAUAUUCUACGCAGAGGCUUUACAAGUGUAAAAAAUGAACUUUUGCCCAGCCAUCCUUUGGAACUGUCAGAAAAAAAUUUUCAGCUAAACCAAGAUAAAAUGAAUUUAUCGACUCUGAGAAAUAUUCAAGGACUCCAUGCACCUCUAAAGCUGCAAAUGGAAUUCAAAGCAGCAAAGCAGAUCCAACGUCUUCCAUUUCUGCAUAGCUCAAAUAUAGCGCUGGAUACACUGAGAGGAAAUGAUGAAUGCAUUGGUUUUGAGGAUAUUCUUAAUGACCCAUCGCAGAGUGAAGUUAUGGGAGAACCACAUGUGAUGGUGGAAUACAAGCUUGGUUUAUUGUAACACAAAUGUAGUCCGAACCUACUGUUCAUGAAAACAUUUCUUGUAUGUGUCUUUAUACUAUACUACAGGUUCAGUGUACAAUAUUAAUAUUACAUUGACACAAUGUUUUUGUUAACUUACUCACAGGAGAGCUCUUGCCUUACUUGAUGAAUAGGCACAUUAAAUGUUUAAAGUCUAUUAUGAUUUAUUCUCUGCUUACUGUCAAUAUAAAUGUCCUACAACUGGGUAUUUUAAAACUGUACAAGAAGAUGACUCUUCAUAUAUUGCUCAGGACAAUAGCUGCUUAGUUUUUGAAAUAUUAUACAUAUACUACAAGAAGUCCAAAAAUGCAUGUGCAUUUUAAAAUUGAUUACUGUAGGUAAAUGCAGGGAAUGCAUGUUCUUGCAAAAGAACAUUUUUCAAUAUGAAACAGGCAUUUUCCACUGAAUCACUUUUUGUUCUUGAAAUCUUUUAAACGUUGAAUAAAAAAUUGCUAUAAAUGCUGUGGUUUCCAAAAUAUAUUUAAUCACAACUCAAGUCCCUGACCUCCAACCCAAGCAAUGUUACUCUCAUCACUUGCAGCCCCUUUAAGGAACCUCAGUAGCUCACUGGUAGAAAAGAACCCUGCCACACACAUUUGUCUGCCCCAGCUAAGAUGUCCAAGAUGCUCAUUCACUGGAGCUCAGUUGCCCCUUAGGAUAGAAUUAGACACUGCUCCCUAGGAAGAGUUGGGAGCUGAAUUUGGCUUUACCAAGCUACUUUUGAGGGGGGGAACCCUCCUUUGGAUUUCACAACAGCCUUACUGGGCAAAAUUGUUCUGUGAAAUUAGAGCUUCUGUAGCCCUAUUUUGGGCUAUGUUCCAGCCUACAUGGAAACUUAAAAUAACCACUUAGCAACAUUUAACAUUUAAGGGAAAAAUACCACUGUUGAGAAAGAAAAUGUAAAAUUCAAAAUGUUUGUAUGCACAAAGGCACAUCUGACAGACUGCAUCACAGAAGUGUUACAGUAAGAACAUUAAUUUUUAUUUUACAUAACUGCAGAACAUACAAUUAAAACUGAACUGACUUGGUUGUAAGUAAACAAUCUUAUCUGGGGAUAACCAAAGGGAGAUUCUAAAAUUAAAAGCUACACAAAUGCAUCUUUUAUAAAUGAAUAGCCAGAUUAAAGCUGUUUUCUGUAAGUUUAAAGGGUGUAUUUUUAUUUAAAUUACACAGGCUGUGUUAAACUUAGAAUAGCUUGUAUGCAUAACAUAUUAUAAAUCCUUGCAAGAAGUUUAGGACCGUUCUCCUGUUGAUUCUCUUCCCAUACAAUGGUCAAAGUGUGUCAUGUACAUUUUGAGAAUGUAACCAGCCUAAAUGUUACGUAUUGCUGCAUCUUUUAGAAGCAGAGUCCUAUCACAAGAAUUACGCUCCAGUAGUUGAACUUCCUUCUUUGAUUUUUUUUUAAAUCAUCCAUCUCAAGACCCAAUGAUUGCAAAGAAAACCUUCCAAAAAUAAGCUUAAUGCAAUGAAGUCUCCCCAAAUCUGUAAAUGACCUGAAACAGUACUUCUGAGACAUGGGAAUUGCAUCCAUUCAGCAGAUUUGGAUGUUAACUCAAGCAUAAUGUUAAGAACUUAAAUGUCAGCCUUGUUCUCUACUCUAGCAUUGCUGAAUACUUCCACAGAAAUGUGCAGGUACAAGUUUAUUCCACAACCCCAAAGUGUCUGCUAUGCCUGUCUAUGUGCCAAAAGCCCCAACUGUUCCCUACUCCUGUGGGCCAAAACAACCAGCUUCACUUCCUACCAAUUCUACAAUGCAGUUAUGCAUUUUUAAUACAAAAUCUUGCAGCAAAUUGAAGAAUGUGGAGGCAGCAUGUUACACUCCAGAAGGGAUACUUUCCUGACUGCAUUAUUUAUUUUCAUAUUUAACUUAGUAAAAAGAAGAAAAAUCUUAAAUUUCUAAAUUAUCUAAGGUGGUUGUGGGAUUUCCAGUCUGCUUCACUGGAGAGCUGCAGAAGUCAGGGAGUCUUGUUAUAAAAGCAAAUUUACACCGUUUGCUGUAGAGUAUGUAGGGCCUUGCAUGUACAUUAUCUUCACUUAAGUGAGCUUAAAUUGGACAAAUGAGUGAACAAAUAUAGGCCUGUUAAUUUUUUUUUCUUGCUCUUUAGGGUGGUUUUCUGGUCUUCACUGUGAGCAGUCAUAAUUAGGAUAUUUGCUGCAAAUAUCUGGCCCAGCUAUUAAGUGACUAGAUUUCAUGGUGAGGCCUUGGCAUAGAGGAGUAGAAGGAAAUAAAUGGACAGGUGAGGACAGUGGUAUGGGAGUAGUGAAAGGGUACAAGGAGGACACAGGUUAAGCAAAUGGAUUCAAGGUAUAGGCUGAGGUGGAUAGCCUUGAAGGUAAGGACAAGAAGUGUAAACUUGUUACUUUGGGCAAGGGGGAACCAGGGAAAGGGUUUUGAAGAGG